CCCGUCUGUGGCCCCCCCGAAGCGCCCACCGAAGUUCGGUGCGGGUUGCUCGGCAUAGUAGUGGGGUCUAGGCGGGCGCUUCGGGGUGCGGUGCACCAAAGCUAAUUCAAUUUCGGAUGAUUCCUAGUCUAUGGUUUAGAUGGUGUAUAAAUAUCCAGUGUAGACGACACAGUGUAGUAUCAACCCUCUGUGUCUCCAGUCUCAACACUAACAUGGAUGCCCCCAAACUUGACUUACUUCCGCUCAAGAAGCGUGAUAGAACCAACGAGAACUUUGAAAAAGUCAGAGAGAACAUUAUGCGACGAUGCAAUGAAAUAAGCCAUCGCUACCAAACGGACGUCUAUAUUACAUUACGAAGGAAACAUAAACAUUAUGAAUAUAGCUCUACUGAGGACCCGUCGUGGCCGAUGUCGAGAGCUGAUAUGGAAAGGAUCUAUCCUGUGCCUCUGAGAAAGACGCCAGCCAAUUUUGUCCGUCGCAGAAGCCGUACAACAAAGGCGCACCUAGACCCCGUGAGAUCUGCGCCCUGGGCCGAAAAACUGAAGGCAUGCGCAGGUGAGGAGGACCCUAGGAACCCUACGCCAAGCAGUUUUGUCGGCGCAAAUGCAGGGGUGAUUGGUCUACAAGGGGCAGCCGUGAAUGAGUCACUACCACUCGCUUAAAUAGACAAACAUUAUUUAUAACCAUUUACCACUGAAGAGGCACCUUUAAUGAGGUCGCAUAUUGCCAGCCUAAACUUGAUUUGGGGGAUGCUCUUUAGAAGAUGUCCUUUGGGGGAUGCCCUUUGGGGGAUGCCCUUUGGGGGGAUGCC